GUUUCAACUCAUAUGGAUUCAUAAAUUUAUUUACCUUCAAUCUUUUCGAAUAAAAGCAUAAUUUUUAUAAAAAUCUUUAUUCCAUCAUGUAUGGAAAUAAUAUAUUUUGAGAAAUGUGUAAAUUCAUUUUAUAUUUGUCGUAGUUUAUCACAGCGGUGGGCCUUGCAGCGAAUAUAGACUUAUUGGAGAGUGUUCCAAAUGUAUUGUUUUGAUAGAUAAUGGAUCCAAGAAUGUGCAGGCAAAUCAGUAGUAGUGAAAGUCUUCCAGAUGCAGAGAACGUGGAAGUGGAGGAGUCGAAUAUUAUCAUGCCACAGGAAAGUGAUGAUAAUUUUCUUCUAGACGGUAGCCCGGAACCUCACUUGGUAACAUGGCUCGAUGACGACCAAAUCGAUGAUUUAGAUAUUAAUUUAGACCAAAAUAACCUAUUUUUUCAUAGAGUUGAUAGUGCAGAUAUAAUAUACAGAAAUAAAAAGAAAAAAUGUAAAAUGGUAGGUAAAUAUGUAAUGGGUGACGUGUUGGGCGAAGGUUCAUAUGGAAAAGUAAAGGAGAUGUUGGAUUCAGAGUCUUUGUGUAGACGAGCAGUUAAAAUAUUAAAAAAGAGGAAGUUGCGACGGAUACCAAAUGGUGAACAAAAUGUGCAGAGGGAGAUUCAGUUACUGCGAAUACUUAGACAUAAAAAUGUGAUAGAACUAGUCGAUGUUAUGUAUAAUGAUGAAAAGCAGAAGAUGUAUCUAGUAAUGGAAUUCUGUGUUGGAGUGCUUCAGGACAUGUUGGAAUCAAGUCCUGGCAAAAAGUUCCCACAGCGGCAGGCUCAUGACUAUUUUACACAGCUGCUUGAUGGCUUAGAAUAUCUCCAUGGGCAAGGAGUAGUUCACAAGGACAUAAAGCCAGGGAAUUUGUUAUUAACUCUCAACCAAACUCUUAAAAUCACAGAUUUUGGUGUUGCAGAGGCAUUGGACAUGUUUUCACCAGAAGAUACAUGUUACACUGGACAAGGAUCCCCAGCAUUUCAACCUCCGGAGAUAGCAAAUGGUGCGGAGACUUUUUCCGGAACUAAAGUUGAUAUUUGGAGCAGUGGGGUUACAUUAUACAACAUGACGACUGGUCGUUACCCGUUCGAGGGUGACAACGUGUUCCGGCUACUGGAGGCGAUAGGUCGCGCGGAGCCCGCGCCGCCGCCGCGCUGCCUCGGCCCGGCGCUGCACUCGCUGCUCACGCACAUGCUCAGCCGAGACCCCGACCUGCGCCCCGACGUGCAUCAGAUACGACGGCACGCUUGGAUACAAGCGACGCCUGCUCUGGAGGCAGGCGAGCGCCUGGUCAAUCCCCGCUCGCGGCGCUCUGAUGAGCAUCACAACUCCACAGUCAUACCAUAUCUGGUCGAGAGGCAUUACGCCUCCGCACAGGAAUACUUCACAGAGAGGGACCUCAGGCACGAGCUGGGCGACAAUGGGUCAAGAACAAUGUCGACGGCGGAGUUAUCAGACGGCGAAUCCACUCAAUGCAAGAGGCGGUGGCACUCGUCUUGCGGCCGACUGCCAUCUUGCCGCCUCACGUGAUCCCUGCAUUGUCUCAAAUGUGUUCUGCAAUAAUCUAAAGUGUUCCACACUAAUCCACAGUGUUCCACAAUUGAUCCUCUGUGUUCCACAGUGAUCCACAGUGUUCUGUGUUCAUGUUACACGCUGAUCCGCAGUAUUACAUGCUGAUCCACAAUGUUACGAAAUGAUCUAAUGUGAUCCAUAUUGUUCUACACCGAUUCAUAGCAAUCGCAACGCUCAGAAAAUGCACUUUAUGCGAUAUUUCAGUGUGUUACGGCCUUAUCUAGAAAUGUUACAGAAUCUUACAAUAUCAAACCAUAUUUGUCCUAACUAGUUUUGCUUUUGGAAUGAAGAUAAAAUGAUUUUCUAAAAAUUACAUAUGUAUCUUUUGAAGAGAACAUGUACUAAAUGUUAAAUUAUUUCCAAAAAUGUAAUCACCUAGGUACAGUCGUUCACGAAACGUCGCUAAAUUUAUAUCUGACAAUAUUUGUUAGAGAUAUUUCAUCUCUGAUCAACUCAACAGAAAUGUUUAUUGUGCAAUGCAACCUACUCGAUAUUUUAUAUCAGGUCUCAAGUGUGUAGGCACCCUUAUACAUCAUGCGUCUCGCUCUUUUGUAUUUUAUAUCCGGUUGUCUCUUUUUAAUUAAGUCGAAUUACACAUUGCGGUGAUUUCUGUGAAUAGUAUUUUUUCUUACUGUGUUUUGAAAUUUUAUUUUGUAUUAUAAUAAAUGAGAAUGGAAACAUAUUUAAAAAUUAAAAAUAAAUAUGACAAUAAUGAAAAUUAAAUUAUAUUUAUGAAGAAAACUAAAAUGUCUAUUACUACGCAAUGACAUGUCGGCUAUCAUUUGAAUUGCAAAAGUUUGGAUAGAAUUAUAUAUUUCUUGAUUGUAAUCUUGUAAUUAAGACUGUUCAGUAUCUCAAAUGAAAUAAAAAUAUUUUCUUAAAAUAUGUAACGACAAAAUGUUUAAAUAAUUCAUUGA